AACACCAACGGUGUUAAAAUAUUCAAUUACAGGUUGAUGGUGUCAAAUUUGGUGUUAUAAAAUCGCACAUGCGCAUAAGCGAGAUAAAUGGAGGAAAAUCAUUGGACGAAAGUUGUCAUAUGAUCCGAUAUGCCUGCAUGCGCAUGCGCUGAAGCUGGACGCCAUAAUUAUCUUGCGAUCGAGAGCUAGCUGGAGCAAGGCAAUAGAAAUCCAUUGCCCGACUGACUUGAUUUUCAGGAGUAUUCUACAGUUUGGCCUAGAUACACAUCUUGAAGUGCAUGCAACCAUGCCGUUAAGCGUCAGGGUCUGCUCAGCGGAUCGAAGUAUUCGAAAAUACCUGCCUAUAGAUCCAGAAGACACAGUAGGAUUCUUUGAACUUAUCAAAAGAAAAUUCCACAUAAAGGAUGGUGAAGACCUUGUACUUGUGGAUGAACAAGAAGGAUUUGGUAUAGACGAUGAUGUACUAGGAGAUGUGGUGACAAGCCAUCCCUCAGUCAGCCUCAUGGUGCUAAAAGAAGAUGAAGAAUGGUCUGGUUCAGAUGUACAUAGCUUCACAAGUGCAGACAACAUCAAGGUGGAUACCAGCUCCUCUUCCCUCAGUAGCUCAGAAUCUGAUUCAAGUUUUGGCAUCUGCAGAAAGAGACCACGAUUAGAUGCCCUCUGAUUGUGCAAGAGCAAAUUCAAGUAGAGGAUCUUUCUACUGAAUUCUUUGAUGCCAACUGGGUUAAAGUAAAUGGAACACGUUAUCAGUUGUCACUUCUGGUCUGCCAUGAUGUUAGCGAGCUUCCUCUGUUUGGUCAAAUAGAGCAUAUCAUUGUACACAACAGCAAUGUAUUUUUUGUACUUGUCCAAUUAGAUACAGUGUAUUACAAUUCACACUAUCAUUCAUACGCAGUAGAAUUC